UUAUCAUUAACAUUUUUUCUUAUACAACAAGAUGUCGCUAUGCUAAAUCUCAGUUUCUUGGCCAUUUUCUCUUUUAUAUUCACCUUAAAUACCCUAGUUUUUGUACAUAGUAGUUAUUCUAAGCCUCCAUCAUGUGAUAGUUCGAAGGGAUGUUCUUGUGAUCCUGGUUUUUGGGGAAAACAAUGCCAGUUUUGUCGACUAAGAUUUACAAGUGAUACAGGAAUUAUAUCAGAUGGCCCAAAGAAUUACUUUGAAUCAUCAAAAUGUUCUUGGCUCAUAGAAACAUCCAGGUCCAAUAGUACGAUUGAACUAGAUUUAGAACAAUUUGCCACAGAAUGCUCUUGGGAUCAUCUCUAUAUUUAUGGUGGAAAUUCAAUACAUGCGCCAUUGUUGGGAACAUUAAGUGGAUUAAUUAGAGACCAAAGCAUUCUUGAGGUAGCCCAGGAACCAAUCAAACGCCUUCGCAUCAAUUCCAACACAGCAUGGUUGUAUUUCUACAGUGAUGCCAACUAUGUUCUUACAGGUUUCAAUAUUAAAUAUAGAGUAACUAGGGACUGUUCCUCACAGUGCAAUAACCAUGGUCACUGUGGUUCCCAUGGUAAUUGUAUUUGUGAUCAAGGAUGGACUGGUCCUAGUUGUACGAUUGCUUCAUGUCUAAUGAGCUGCCUUAGUGGUGUAUGCAACAAUGUUACAAGACAGUGUGAGGGAUGUAAUCAUGGUUUUACUGGACCAUCAUGUAAUGUCACACUCGGUUCUGGAUACUGGACUCAUGUGCCUGCUAAUAAUCAGGAAGUGAUGAAAGGCCGAGCUUCACAUGCUGCAAGCUUGAUUGGAGACUGGAUUUGGGUAUAUGGUGGUUAUGCUAUGGACAAUACCCCAUUUAACAAUCUUAUCAGAUACCAUGUAUCACAAAACAAGUGGGAAGUUGUGGUGCCCAACGUUUCAAGUCUGUUGCCAAGGCAACGGUACGGACAUUCAAUGAUUGUGGUCAAUGAUACAAUUGUUGUUUUUGGAGGCAUCGUUGACAAGAAGACAGUCAGUGAGUUGUGGAUGUUUGACAUAAGGACAAGACAAUGGACGCAAGUGUCAGUCUCUGCUGAAAGUGAUAACCUUAUUGCAGUGUCUGGACACACUGCAACGCUUGUUGAUAACAAGAUGGUUGUUAUUUUUGGAUAUGGACCCAAGGAAGGAUACACACAGAGGGUGCAAGUGUUUGAUUUAGAAAAAAUGAGCUGGAAGCAAUACAACUUUAGUUCUCUAUUGGUGCAGGCCACUUUUGGGCACAGCAGUGCAUAUGACCCAGUAUCAGGGAUGAUUUACAUUCAUGGAGGAUACAGAGCCACUCUCAGUAAUAAUGCUGAAAUCUCCAGUGAUCUGUAUGUAUACAUGCCAUCAAAAAAUAAAUGGCUAAUCCUCCCAAGUAGUGGCUACCCUCGUUUUCUGCAUUCAUCUGUACUUCUUGGUAAUCUGUUACUUGUGUUUGGUGGAAACACACACAAUGACACCAGUGAGGCACUGAAAAAAACACGCUGUUACUCUCCUGAUCUUAUGCUCUUCGACACACGGUGUAAUACAUGGACAAAUGUUCCACUCACUAAAUCUUUAUCAAGCCAAGCUGCACGUUUUGGACACAGUGCAGUUGAAGCUAAUGGCACCAUGUAUGUCAUUGGAGGCUUCCAAGGAACAAUGCUGGGUGAUAUCCUGCAAUACACGACAGGUGACUGUUCAGCACAUGUCAAUAAGACAUCAUGUCUACAUGCCUACACCAAGUAUGGCUGUGUAAGAACCAUUGAUACUCACAAGUGCAUUGGUCCUCUAAAUGCUGAUCUCAUAAAAGCAAAUAAUUUAGAGAAGCCAGCUUGUUCAGCUAAUCCUGGCAAAUGUUCUAUGCACAAAAACUGCAACCAGUGCACUUCAAGUAUUUUUCAGUGUUCUUGGUGUGGGAAACAAUGCAUUAAUUCAACUGACAAUUGCUCGAGGAAAAAGGUAACAGAAGAAAACCAGUGCCCAAAGUCAUCUUUAAUAAUUUCAGGAUUAUGUCCAGAUAAAGACAAAUCAAGUGGCAUCUGUGCUCAUACUGUUUGUAAUGACUAUUCAACAUGCAAGACCUGUACUGGGAAUGACAAGUGUAUGUGGUGCGAGUCCCAGAGAAAAUGUGUUGGUCUGAAUGCAUAUGUGGUGUCUUUCCCAUAUGGGCAGUGUCACGAGUGGACUAAAGACAAGUGUGCAGAUGUCAGUUGUGAGGGCAGGAAGACGUGCCAGGACUGUCAUACUCUUCCAGGUUGCGGAUGGUGUGAUGAUGGUUCAGGCACUGGGCUCGGACAGUGCAUGCCUGGUGGCGAUAAUGGGCCCUUUAGUCCUGGAGGCAAAAACUCCAGUGUUGUGAGCAAUCAGUGCUUACCAAAGCUCAACAAGAAGAGGUGGUUUUUUAUUGAAUGUCCAGCAUGCCAGUGUAAUGGUCAUAGCACAUGUGAUGAUGAACAAAAAUGCAAACAAUGUCUAGAUAACACUAAUGGUUCCCAUUGCCAGACCUGUGCUCCAGGUUAUUUUGGUGACCCCACAAAUGGAGGAAAAUGCCAAGCAUGUAAAUGUAAUGGUCAUGGUAGUGUGUGUAAUCAUGAGACUGGUGUCUGUGAUUGUCGUACCAAGGGUGUUGCAGGCGAUAAUUGUCAACUGUGUUCCAGACAGAAGGGUUUCUAUGGCAACGCCAGUAAUGGGGGACAUUGUUACUAUAACUUGACAAGUGGAUACCUCUUCACCUUCAACUUAAAUGGCACAACUGGUGUUAGUUUUUUGAAUGUUCCUAAAAAGGAUGACAUAGAUGUUGACUUCAAGAUAAGCAUAUCAGGAAAUGAUGCCCUGGUCAAUAUAACCUAUAAGACAGGAUCAUCGUCAGAGCAGUCAUUUAAACUGGCCAAACGAAUCGGCAAAUACGAGUACUCAUUCAAACAUGAUGAGUAUAAUUUUGGAGGCUCAAGCAAGUUCACCUUCUUUGUCUAUGUCUAUGGCAUUACAGGGAACUGCGUUGUCGAGAUAUCAUUCUCUCAGCUCACACCUUUCAUGCUAUUAAGGUUUUUCUUAACAUUUUUCGGCUGUUUUUUCUCCAUCCUAAUCAUCACAUUUAUCGCCUGGAAAAUUAAGAUUAGAUAUAGUAAUUACGUCAUGAGAAGGCAACGUAUAGUAGAACUGCAUCAAAUGGCGAACCGACCUUCCUCUACCUUGAAGUUACUUCUUGAAAAGGACACAGAUUUUGACAAUAACAGCGCAUCACAAAAAAUACCCAUUGCAGUGCAGCCGUUUGCAAGAGAAACUGUUGCUAUAGCAACUGUCAUGAUACGACUACCUUCAUUAUCAGAUGGCAUAACUCCUAUUGGCCAAUCAGGUUUGUGCCUUGGCUCUGUUUUGAUUGACAGGAGCCAUUAUCACAUGCCUUCAUUAUGUCACGUCAAAAGUUCAAAUAAGAAAGCUGAUAAACGAAAAGACGAGGAAACGACUCGAUGUGUUUAGGUAGAAUCCAUACGGUUUCAAAGUUUUUUGUAUGUUUGAGUGAAUUUUAUUUAACAUUUUGAGCAUUUUUCUAACAUCUAUUGAGACUUUGCAGCAUUACGUGCUGGCAGCCAUGACAGUAGGCAGUAUUAAUGGGUAGUAUGCUCAUGUUCUAUAAACAAUAGAAGGACAAUAGAAGACAAAACAAUGCAUAAAAUAUAUAACGAUAAUAAUAUAUAACUACAAUAUAAUAUAUGCAUUGUAUUCGUCUAGAACAUGAACUUAUUGCCAUUAUUAUUUUUGGAAUCUAGUCUAAUCUAAUUUAAAUGAGAAAGAAUUUAGUUUCCCAGGGGAAAAAGACUCAAUUUUUGUGCAUCCUGUCAUGGCUGCCAUCACGUGAUGGUGCAAAGCCACAGGGAAACCACAGCAGAUAAAAACAAAUGUGUUUCUUAUAGACUUUAAGACUGUAGCUCGUAAAAGAAAAUCACAGUUUUUUGCUUCUUAUCCCAUUUGUACUGUUCAUCAAUAAUAUUGCAGUAAACUAACAGAUCCGGAGUAAGACAAAAUAUAUCAUUCCACAGAGUAUAAGGCUAUAGAAACACCUGUUACCAAUAGGUGCCACUAGCAUUAGGAUGCAUGUACUUUUUCUGCAGAUUAUCGCUAGUCGCCACUAAGGGCUGAGCUGUAAAUACCACAGGUUCAAAAUACUAUUAUUUUCCUAAUGAAAGAAAGAAGGGGCUCAUUCAAUUGGCUCAUUCAAUACGUCCAUGAAAAACAUUCUUUAUGGUUGUUAUAACACUUGUUAAGAAACUUAAAAAUGCAUGAAUUAUUAGAAAGUGGGUCGCGUCGUAGUAACCUACGAAAGGGAGGGAGUGGACAGAUCACGUGGUGACCCAAGCAAAAACGGUUAGAGGUGGGGGUGGGAUUUGGAAAACAAAAUUUAGCCUUUGUAGUUGAAAGGAGCUAAGGAAUUGGGGUUAGGGGUUAGGGGGUAGGGAUGAAUUUACUAAACAGGCUAAAUAACUAGAAUAAUUACAAAGCUUACUCGUCCCUAGGUGUUGAAUAGUCACUGGGUUUUCUACGAACAGAUAUGAUUAAUUGAGAUGCUAUUUUUGUUAUUAUUUGAAAAAACAAAUUCUAUUUGCCUAGGAAAAAUUUGACUUUCAUUAGUUAUCUGGGGGUGGGGAAUUUUACCCUUUCACUUCUAGUUUUACUCUCAGAUUUUUACUAGAAAAAAAAGCAUCCACAUGAAGUAAAACUGAUUAGUGUCAGGGUAAUGUCUUUGGAAGCUGUUUCAAUUAUCUACUGUUUUUUUUUGUUGUUGUUUUUUGUUUUUUGUUUUUUUUUCAUGAAAAGACUUACACAAAAAAGGGUUAUCAAAAUCGGUAGAAAACAAUCAGUCAAAUACUAACUUGUGCAAAUCAUAUUAGUGGGUAGGAACUCUUGUAUCUGGUUUUGCAUAGUGGAGAGGAACGGAUCAGGGAAACAAUGGACAAACUAAAACAGGGAAACGUAAGAGCCAGGAAGGGGGAAAAGCGAGAAGGGAAAAAUGGCUGAAAUAAGGUAGGGAGGAGGGAGAAAAAAACAAGAAAAACUUAUUGAAGGAGAAGGGAGAGCCGGGAAAGAGGAGAAGGAAAAAACAGCUAAAAUAAGAAAGGAAGAAAGUAGAAAAACAGGAAAAACUAAAUGACGGAGAAGGGAGAGCCAGGAAGAUUUCUAAAUUCCGUGAACAUGAUGCAUUCUGGUCUAGUUUGGGUACAAACAACUAUACAUUGCAUGACAAACGAAAGAUGACUUACCCAAGAUAGACCACAAUGCACUUUGUUAUCAGAAGAGUUCCUUCCCACCAAUCGAUUCAAUUGAUUAAAAUUAUUUAAAUUUUUGUAAUUGUUGGUAUAUAAACUUUGUAAAAUAAUCAAGCAAUCUUAUUAAAAAAAUAAUAGAAAUCAAAGGACAAUAGUCUUUCGUAGGAAUGUAAAUACAAAAACUUGAUAAAUAAAUAUUAUAGAUGAAUUAUA